GGAGAGGAGAGGAAAAGAGAGAGAGGGCGGGAGGGAGAGAAACAGGGGAGGGAGGGUGAGGAUCCGGCUGCUACCUCCGUGCUGUCCGCUCCUGCUGAGGGAAGAGUAGGAAACAUGAGCUCCAGGAAAGUGAUGGCCAUCCAGGCCAGGAAGAGGAGGCCGAAGGGGAAGAAGGAUAAAGCGGGUCAACAUCGGAGGCCUGAGACCCAGCAGAAAGCCCCGGUGAGUGCCCCUCCUCCCCCGCCGCCCCCUCCACCUCCCCCUGAGCCGGCAGGGCCCCCGGAGCCGGAGGAGGAGAUCCUGGGCUCCGACGAUGAGGAGCAGGAGGAUCCCGCGGACUACUGCAAAGGAGGGUACCAUCCGGUGAAGAUCGGAGAUUUGUUCAACGGGAGGUACCAUGUGAUCAGGAAGUUGGGGUGGGGCCACUUUUCCACCGUAUGGCUCUGCUGGGACAUACAAGUGAAGAACUUCGUGGCGAUGAAGGUGGUGAAGAGCGCCCAGCAUUACACAGAGACGGCCCUGGAUGAGAUCAAACUGCUGCGAUGUGUGAGAGAGAGCGACCCCGCAGACCCCAACAAGGACAUGGUGGUUCAGCUGAUAGAUGACUUCAAGAUCUCUGGAGUCAACGGCAUACAUGUGUGUAUGGUGUUUGAGGUGCUGGGUCACCACCUGCUGAAAUGGAUUAUUAAAUCCAACUACCAAGGUCUGCCGCUGCCAUGUGUCAAGAGUAUUAUCAGACAGGUCCUGCAGGGUUUGGACUACCUCCACACGAAGUGUAAGAUCAUCCACACAGACAUCAAGCCGGAGAACAUCCUGAUGUGUGUAGACGACGUCUUCGUGAGGCGCAUGGCCAUGGAGGCCACCGAAUGGCAGAAAGCUGGAGCUCCACCUCCGUCCGGAUCGGCAGUUAGCACAGCCCCCCAGCUCAAACCGGUGGGAAAGAUCUCCAAGAACAAGAAGAAGAAGCUGAAGAAGAAACAGAAGCGUCAAGCCGAGCUGCUGGAGCGGCGGAUGCUGGAGAUCGAAGCCCUGGAGAGGGAGGCCGAGAAAAUGGAAGAGAGAGCCAAAGAAGGGGGGGACAAAGGGGAGCUUGAACACAACCCGUCUUCGCCGCUGCCGCCGCCGCCGCCUCCCGUGGGCCCCAGCAUGGCGCUGGGAGAGAGCGACGACGACGACGAUGACGACGAGGACGGGGAGGAUGAGGAGGAGGAGGGAGGAGAGAGGGAGAGGCCCGUCAGGUUGACUAAUCAUACAUGCGCAGCGCCUCCCCAGGAGCCGAGUGACGUGCCCCGCAUCACCGACGAUGACCCUGAUGAGGACGCGGAGGAGGAGGAGGAAGAAGAGGAAGCGACGCCUGUGGUUGAAAAAGACGCCCCCAUUCCCCCCAACUCGGAGGACGGUAACGCAGAUCAGACGCAAGCCGAGGUAGAGCGAGAGGAUGGGGAGGAUGGAGAGGAUGGGGAGGAGGAGGAGGAGGAGGAGGAGGACGAGGAGGAGGGGGAGGACGAGGAGGAGGAGGAAGUAGAGGUAGGAGGGGAGAGAAAAGAGGGAGGAGAAAAGGAGGGAGAAGAAGGGUGGGAGAAAAAACCGGAGGAGGAGGCAGGGGCUGAGGAGGAGGACUCAAAAGAGCACGAAGGGGGGGAGGAGGAGGAGGACGAGGAAGAGGAGGAGGAAGAUGAUGAUGAUGACGACGACACGACGGCUGAGCUCCUCACAGACAACACCUACCCAAUCAAACCCAUCAUCACUAAGACCAACUCAGCCAAAACCAACGGCCAUGUCUUGUUGGGCUCCGAGGGGCUGAAACCGAACCCCGGGAGUCCCCCGCCUCCUUCGUCCACCCCCGGGCCCCUGCUCUGCCCUCUGGUGGAGUCCGAGCUCAGCUACACGGACAGGGACAACUCUCUCAGCUCUGGGUAUGAGAUGUACAACGGCGAACUGGCCGAGACGGGGCUGACCAACGGCUCCAGUGAGCGACACCGGGGAACGGUUCCCAUCUUCCCAGAUUUACCCCUGGAUCCUGAGCCGGGAAACCCUGUGUCUGUGGGAACAGCGGACAUUGGAGCAGGACCCUCACCCAGUAGCCCCACUGCAGACCGCAGUCGCACUGUGUCAUCCUCAAGCACAGGAGAUACACCCAAAGUCAGAGCCAGAGCUGCAGACCUCCUGAUCAACCCUCUAGACCCUCGCAACGCUGACUCCAUUCGAGUCAAAAUUGCUGAUCUGGGAAACGCCUGCUGGGUGCAUAAGCACUUUACGGAGGACAUCCAGACGAGACAGUACCGUUCCAUUGAAGUCCUGAUAGGAGCCGGUUACAGUACGCCUGCUGACAUCUGGAGUACUGCCUGCAUGGCGUUCGAGCUGGCGACUGGAGAUUACCUGUUUGAGCCCCACUCUGGAGAGGACUACUCGCGUGAUGAGGACCACAUCGCUCUGAUCAUGGAGCUCCUUGGGAAGGUCCCACGCAAAGUGGUCGCUGCCGGGAAGUACAGCCGAGAGUUUUUCUCCAAGAAAGGCGAGCUGCGGCACAUUACCAAGCUGAAGCCGUGGUCCCUGUUCGACGUCCUGGUGGAGAAGUACGGCUGGUCACACGAAGACGCCGGCCACUUCACCCACUUCCUCCUGCCCAUGCUGGAGAUGGUCCCCGAGAAGAGGGCCUCGGCCGGCGAAUGCCUCAACCACCCCUGGCUCAACUCGUAGCCACCAACUCCGAUCAAAAGCCCACCUCCUCCUCCUCCCCCUCCUCCUCCUCCCCCCCCGGUCCUUCUGCCCCUCCCCCCAGCAGUUAGCCCAACCAUCAGCCCCUCGGUGGCCGCCUGUGGAACCACAACGUGGAGAGAAGCUGGAGACAAACAGUCAGAGGAGACGAGAAAGGCUUCCUCCCUGCUCUAUCUCACACAUCAUUACAAGCUUACCCGACGAGGCUGAAGUCGCUCACAUCUUUCCCCAGAAGGUGACAAGUUUGUGGAGAUAAGACGACAAAGCGGCUGUGUCUUCCUGAACACCUCCCAAAAAUAAUCGGACCAUUUGAGCAUGGAUGCUCCCCAUGCUGUAAGAGGGAGGUCAGGCUUUCUUCUUCUCUUCUGCUGUCAACACGUCAGCCUCGUCCCUUGCAUCCACCUGCCUGUCUCUCAACUCAUGUGGUUUCAGCCUUGUUGCCGCCCUGACGGCCCAGAACUCCCAUCUGCCAUGAUCUUCACAUAGCGAGGGCCUCAAAGACAGACGAGCGUGUGCGUUACAGUGUGUGAGAAUGAGCGUAUGUGCCUGUGCUCCAGAUCUGCCUUCCCUUCUCCUUCUCUUUCCCUCCCCCCCACAGCCCAGCUUCCCAUCCCUAAACCCUGGAAGAAGUUCUCACAUCAGACUUUAAAGUUUACACCCUGAUUUCUUCCGAGAACCCGAACAGAAAAACACACCCCUCUCAUCGACGAGCUCCGUGAUCCUGCCGAGAGCCGCCGCAGAGACCUGGAGGGCAGCCAGUCCUCCAGGGGGCGCCACACUGACAGUUGCCAUUCUAACACAGACAGGCAGAAAAAAAGUGCGGGACGGGCAAAAACAAACAAACAAACAGAAAUGGGUUCAGCGCGGAGGAGGACUGCUGGGUCCUUAAAGACUAUUUUUAAAAUGCAUGGAGAGACUGAUGGAUCAGCAUGAAGGGAUACGACAAACGGACAAUGGAUGCUUUGUUUUGUUUACGAUUCGCUGGUUUCUUUCCCGCUUCAUCACAUCACCCGGACUUUAUGUUAGAAUUAGGAUAUUUUGGUGCCUCCCCACCCCCCACCCCCACCCAACUCUGACAAAGAUAAAUACUUUACAGUCCCUCUCUCCUUCAUCUUUAGACAUUCCUAAGUCUUAAUCCUCUGCCGUCAUUCCUGACUUUUAUUCCCAUGAACACUUCUGUUGAUUCCUCCUGUGGCACGUUUACCCGAUUUGAUUGGUACUAUUCCCCUCUUUUUUGCCCUGUAGAGGAACCCUUUUGUCCCUGAGCUUCUCCAGAAAGGGGAUGGUCACAUGGAGGUUGCACUUGUCUUUGUAGAUGUCCUUCAGGGAUUUGAAAACCUUUGUACAUAGAACUGAGAUUUGGCAACGCAGAUCAGCGACCGUGGACAAAGAUUCAAGACACAAGCAUCAUUCCAAAAAAAAUAAAAAAUAAAAAUAAAAGAAUAAAAAAUAAAAAUACACACAGAGGCUGGCAGAAGUUGACUUCCUCUGAUAUAGUGGAGGGGCAGGGUGGGCAGCCAUGGCUUGACCCUGGAGGAACGCUCAGACCGAACUGUGCCACCUGGUGGCCGGAUGAGUGUCCUGCAUCGCCACACACUGCUGCUGCUCUCGGUGCCAACGCUCCAGGACGUUCCACUAGAUCUCUAUUUCUCUGUCACACACACACACACACACACACACACACACACGAAAAAGAAAAACUUGCAUCAUCACAGUUAGUCCAGUUGCCUAUUUUUCGCAAUAAAUGAAAAAAAGAUGACUAUAAGUAAAUGGUGAGAUAUUUUUAAAAGCUAUUUAAUUCAUUAAAAAACUAGGAAAAAAAAAAGAAAACAACUUUUCUCUGGUUGUUGUGACCGUGACAGAAUCUCGUCUUAUACUGAGGUGAUUGUGUUUGUCUAUUAGAGAUGUUUUUAUUUCUUUUGUCAUUACUAUUAUAAUUAAUUAUUAAUUAUUAUUAUUAUUGAAAGAUUUUUUUACACAGUUGUCACCUCUCCCCUCCCUCCUUACUUGAACAGCGCUGCUCUGUCUGGGCUCUUGACGGUGAUGGCAAAAAAAAAAAUCAAAAAAAAAAAAUCAACAGUUUUGCAAUAAAGGGUAUGUGAUGAGUUGUUUUAUUUUUCUUUUUUGCACCAAAACCUCCUGAUCUCACUCUUUCAGCCAUGCUGACUGUUCUUCCUGACGACAUUGACAGAAACGCGUCUUGUCUGUGUUUUUCAUUGACAGAUUUAAUAAAAUUGUAAAUUAAUGGUU